AUGGGACAUGUGGCAUGUGCCGAGAAUCCACCUGUCACGACGGCCAAAGCAUCUGUGGCGUGGGAUUUUCUCGCCGACUGCCCCCGGGCGGCAGCGGGCGGCAGGGUGACAGAAGCGGGGCUAGUGUUUCCCGCCGACCUUCCGGGCGGGGCGGCAACGGGUGGAGCAUCUGUGGCGGCAGCAGUGUUUUUCCCCGCCGACGACGACCUUCCUCCCUCUGGGGAGGUGGCUGGACCACAGCAGACGGCAGCUCUGCGCGUCGCGUCCCCCCCUGCCCCGCACUCCCCCUCCACCCCCCCUCCGACCCCCUCUCCUCGCAGCCAAAAGCGGCGUACCUUAGGGUCUAGGUGGCUGGACCACCGCAGACGGCAGCUCUGCGCGUCGCGUUUCAACGCCGUCGCGCGCGCCACGUGCUUCCAAUUUCCCGCGCCGUACUUUGCCACGUAA